CAUGUCAACAAACUGACUUUGGAAAACGCCUUUUUCAGUUGACUUGGUUCACUCUUAAAAAUGGUUAUGAAGACACCGCUUGGCCGACCGAAAGGCCCUAGGGAUGGUUGUUGUAUAACAGCCAUUUUCAAGACACCACUUUACAGACGGCAGCUGUUGGUGUUUUGCCUGGGAUGGAUGGCCUAUGCUUCUACAUACUUUCUAAGGAAGCCAUUAGGCGUGGUGAAGACAGAUCUAGAGACAGAUUUACACAUAUCUAAAACACAGCUAGGAUGGCUGGACACGGCUCUCCUUCUACCAUACGCUUUAGUACAGAUGCUUCUUGGCAAUAUAGGAGACAAAAUUGGUGCUCGGAGGACAUUUGGAGUUUGUCUGAUCCUUUCAGCUAUUUCUAUGUUUACGUUUGGCCAGUGGAGUAAUUUUUAUGUAUUUGCUGCUUUACUGUUCAUGAAUGGAGCUGCACAGUCACAAUGCUGGCCAAACUGCAUGAAGAGUCUUGGAGCCUGGUACCCAGACAGGGUGAGAAACUCCAUAUUUGGAAUGUUCGGAACAUGUGCCUUCGCUGGCGGUAUCAUGGGAACAGGGCUGGCGGUAUAUUUGCAAUCAUCAUAUGGAUGGAGAAGUGCCUUUCUUCUGCCUUCAGCUUUUGUGGGAGUUCUAGGUGUGCUGGUGCUUCUGUUUUUUCAACAACCAGAUGAAGUUGGUAUGGAGGUUCCUGGUAAAGGUGAAACAACAGCUCCUGCAAAUGCAACCUCUUCAAAAAAAGCUGGAAAAAUACCUUGGAUACAGUUGUGGAAAAUUCCGAUGCUGGCUGAAGUAGCUGUUGCUGUGUUUUGUCUGAAGGUUGUCCGCUACUGUAUGUACAUGUGGCUACCACUUUAUUUAUUAGACCAUUUACAAUACUCCAAAGCUCAAGCUGGGAUGUUUUCAACAAUUUUUGAAAUUGGAGGAGUUUUCGGAAGUGCAGCCAUAGGUUUUGUAAUAGACGCUGUGUUCUGGGGCCGCUCACUCACAGGGACAGCAGUGUCGUCCCUCCUGUCGGCCUUAUCACUGCUGGGAUUCAUCCUCACAAGUUCCUGGGGCAUCUGGUUCAAUGGUCUUUUCCUGUUUCUGGCUGGAGUCUUCAACUGUGGUCCUGACAGUAUACUUGGGGGAGCUAUACCUGCCGAGCUGGGUGAGAUGGAUGGGCGAGAUGCUGCAGCUGCCACCAUAGGACUUGUUAAUGGUUUUGGAAGUGUUGGAACGUUUAUGGAAGGACCAAUUAUCGGUGUGAUUUCCACGUGGUACGGCUGGUCAGGGAUGUUCUACUUCAUGAUAGCGCUAUCCUUUCUAGGGACGUUUUCUGUGUACCGUGCUGCAGGAAAACAUAAUAAGUCUAGGAUGAGGACAAUACCUGAGGCAGAGCCACUAAAACUUGACACAGACAACUCUGUAUAGGCAAACUGACCAAUAGGAACACAGUUUAUUUUUCAAAUGGUGUUGUCUGAACAUUGGAAUUCCAUAGCACAUGUUUUUUUUUUAAAUUUAUCAUUCAUUCUUUAUAUUCACAGAUUUGGUUUUAGAUUUAUUUCUGUACUAUAAACCGAGAAUUUUUCGUCACUGUUUAACUUUGGCCUUUUUCACCCUACAUGAUGAGGGCAAAUGUGGCACGAGAGCAAAUAUCUACAUUGGCUAUAUCAUUUUGUUGUUUCAUAAAAAAAACGAGAUUAAGUAAGUUUUUAUUCUGGUUGUUUCGCCUUUUCGCAGCAUAGAGACAAAACAGCGAAAUGGCACAAAUCUUACUGUGAUGACAUCAUCAUGGAAAAGAUAUCACCAUUAAAUAACCACGACAAAUAUUCAGGUAUCUGCAUUUAUGUGGUUCUAUUUAUAGGGAAUUGAAUAUAGAAUAUUGGAUUAUACUGGUGUAUAUCAUUAUAUAUGUAGAUAAACAAUGCUUGUCUUUCCUCAGUGUGCUGGUUUAAAAUGCACACCAAAAUAGAGGGGAGGGGUAUUGUUGGGUAAUAUAACCAUGCUGCCCUUCUGUCUGUACAUCUGUUUACUUCGUGUUGCAACAUGUUAAACAUUUCUAAAUAGAAUCUUCAAUGGGGUGUUUGUUAGUGUUGAGAAUCAUUUAUAAAAAACAUUUCGGUAGUUCUAACCGUUUGUUAAUCCAACAGCCCAUCUUUUUAGCCCACCAUCAUCUGAUGGUAGGCUAUUCAAAUUACCCUGCG